AUGCAGAAAUUAUUGAUGAUAUAUUUGAUAGUAUUGUUAUCGUUAUGGGGAAAUGUUUACAGUUAUAAAAUACUGAUUUAUUCGCCUCGUAUUGACACCGAAAAUGUCAAUUAUUUGGGUCGUAUUGCUGAUGAACUUGUAAAAGCCGGCCAUGAUGUUGUGAUAUAUUUACCUGUGGCAGAUCCAAACGUUAAAGUAAAUGGAUCGAAAUUAGCAAAACUUAUCCAAGACAAGUCAUAUUCUUCCUUACUCUCUACAACUCCCAUUCCUAUAGAAUAUAAUACAUUUCAUAAUGUAUGGUCGACAAAAGCAUAUUCUUUUUGGGAAAUUUUUAAGCAAUUGCAAGAUGACGAAUUGUUGAAGCGUUUAAAAUCAGAAAAUUUCGAUUUCGCAAUUACCGAAUUGGUAAAUUUCUGUGGUUUUGCAUUAUUCAAUAAAUUGGGCAUUGAUAAGUAUGCAAGCGUAUCAAUGACCGAUAUGAUGGAAGUAAUUGUGGAUACAUUAGGAGUUAGCAGUAGCCCAAGUUUUGUGCCAGCAACAAUAUCGUAUGAUAUGCCAGAUGAAAUGAAUUUUUUUGAGAGGCUUAUCAAUUUCAAAUCAUAUAUGCAAAUUUUUUCCCUUCAACGUUUUCUGCUAUAUCCGAAAAUACGUCAGGGAUUACGUGAAUAUCUACCGGAUGAAUUUCAUCUUCCGGAAGCAAUCAGAAGAUGCUCUUUGGCACUAAUAAAUUCCGAUGAAUUCAUACAAUUCCCGCGGUUGAAUGGACAAAAAAUAGUAUUCAUCGGUGGGAUAGCGCUAGAUAAACCGGAACCAUUGAAAGAGGAAUAUCAAAUAUUAAUGGAUCGAGCAAAAAAUGGUAUUGUACUGAUAUCAUUUGGUACUAUUUCAAAUAUUAAUCAAAUUUUGCCAAAUAUUAAUGAUAAUUUAAUUAGCGUAUUCAAGAGAUUUCCGGAGAUAACAUUUUUGCUAAAUUAUGAUAUUGAUAAUGAUUUGAUUGCGAAUAUUCCGAAUGUGAUUAAGAUAAAUUGGAUACCGCAAAAAGAUUUACUUGUGCAUGCAAAUUUGCAAGCAUUAAUAACAUGCUGUGAUUCGAAUACAAUUAUGGAAGCGGCGUAUUCUGGCGUACCGCUUAUUUGCAUACCAUUUUCUGCGGAACAAGUACGUGGUAGUCGUGUAGCACAACGUGCUCAAAUUGCAAUUACAAUUGAAAAAUUAGCUAUCACGGAUGAAAAUUUAGCAAAUGCUUUGGAUAAUAUUAUAAAUUCUAAAAUGUAUAAAAUGCGAGCAAAUAAAAUGGCAGGAAUGAUACGUGAUAAGCCAAUAUCAGCUCGUGAAUGUCUUAUUGGUCAAAUAGAAUAUGCGAUAAAAUUUGGACCACUUGACGUUUUUGAUUUUGCAUAUAAUGAUUUAUACUUUUAUCAGUAUUAUCUCUUGGAUAUUAUCAUACCAAUAUUAUUAUUGCUCAUUUUAAUUUGCUACUGCAGCUGUCGCGUAAUAUUUUCAAUAUUUCGUAAAUUAUUAUUAAAAUCAAAAAUGAAAUUAGAAUGA